UCAUAAUAAUUCGUUUGUUAUUUUUUAUUUUAUUAUUAUUGUUCUCAUUUUUGUGGGAGAGAAGAAUAAGGAGAAGGAGAACGAAGAAGAAAAGAGUUGAGAAUUGAGAUCUUGCGAAAUAAGAAACCCUAGUUUUUUUUCCUUUCCCUUUUUAGGUGUUAUCUGCAGAAAUUUUCCCAAUUGAAUUCAGCUCCAACCUGCUACUGUCACCAAUAAGGAUUCUUUGGUCAUUGUUUCAAUCGCUACAGAGUAAGUCAGUUUUUUGGAUUGUGUGCAAUUAAGACGACGCAAAGAUGAUGUCAAGGUCGUAUACAAAUCUCUUAGAUUUGGCUUCUGGGAAUUUCCCGGCAAUGGGGAAUUCGUUUAAAGAACGGCGGCGGAUGCCAAGGGUUAUGAGUGUACCUGGGAUUGUCACAGAAGUAGAUGAUGAUCAGGCAGUUAGUGUUUCUUCUGAUAACCCGUCAACUGUUUCUACAGAUAGAAUGAUCAUUGUAGCAAAUCAGCUACCUUUAAAAGCAAAGCGACGAGAGGACAACCAAGGUUGGAAUUUCAGUUGGAAUGAGGAUUCCUUGCUUUUACAACUCAAGGAUGGACUUCCAGAAGAGAUGGAGGUUCUUUAUGUUGGAUCAUUGCGUGUUGACAUUGACCCAGCUGAGCAGGAUGAUGUGUCACAGUAUUUGUUGGAUAAAUUCAAAUGUGUUCCUACUUUUCUACCCUCUGAUGUUUUGGCAAAGUUUUAUGAUGGCUUCUGUAAAAGGCAGUUAUGGCCACUUUUUCAUUACAUGUUACCAUUUUCAACCGCUAAGAGCCACCGUUUUGAUCGAUCUUUAUGGGAAGCCUAUGUGCUAGCAAAUAAGCUAUUUUUUCAAAAGGUAGUUGAAAUAAUAAACCCAGAAGAUGAUUUUAUUUGGGUUCAUGAUUAUCAUUUGAUGGUGCUGCCAACCUUUAUAAGAAGGCGCUUUAACAGGGUUAAACUGGGAUUUUUCCUGCAUAGUCCCUUUCCUUCAUCAGAGAUAUAUAGGACUCUUCCUGUCAGGGAGGAGAUACUUAAAGCAUUACUCAACUCUGAUAUCAUUGGAUUCCACACGUUUGACUAUGCUCGUCAUUUCCUUUCUUGCUGUAGUCGUAUGCUGGGUCUGGAGUAUCAGUCAAAGAGGGGCUAUCUAGGAUUGGAAUAUUAUGGAAGGACUAUCAGUAUUAAGAUUAUGCCUGUAGGGAUUCACAUGGGUCGAAUUGAAACCGUUAUGAAGAUGGCAGAUGAGGAGUGCAAGGCAAGGGAGCUCAAACAGCAAUUUGAAGGGAAAACCAUUUUGCUUGGUGUUGAUGAUAUGGACAUUUUUAAAGGUAUAAAUUUGAAGAUUUUGGCUAUGGAGCAAAUGCUCAAACAACACCCCAAAUGGCAAGGAAGAGCUGUUCUGGUCCAGGUUGUAAAUCCUGCAAGGGGAAAAGGGAUACAUCUAGAUGAGAUACGUGCUGAAAUAGAAGAAAGCUGCAGCAGGAUUAACAGAAUGUAUGGACGGCCUGGUUAUGAACCAAUUAUUUUUAUUGAUAGAUCAGUUUCAGUUGCUGAAAAGGUUGCCUAUUACAGCCUUGCUGAGUGUGUUAUUGUCACAGCUGUGAGAGAUGGGAUGAAUCUAACUCCUUAUGAAUAUAUUGCUUGUAGACAGGGAAUAUCUGGUAAUGGUUCAUGUUCCGAUAUUAGAAGCCCAAAGAAGAGUAUGUUAGUAAUAUCAGAAUUUAUUGGGUGUUCUCCAUCACUCAGUGGGGCUAUACGUGUCAAUCCAUGGAAUGUUGAGGCCACUGCAGAGGCAAUGAACGAGGCUAUCUCAAUGAGUGAUGGAGAGAAGCAGUUGCGGCAUGAAAAGCACUACCGGUAUGUUAGCACACAUGAUGUAGCAUAUUGGUCACGUAGUUUCUUGCAGGACAUGGAGAGGGCUUGCGCUGACCUUCUAAGAAAAAGAUGUUGGGGAAUUGGUCUUAGUUUUGGAUUUAGAGUUGUAGCACUUGACCCAAAUUUUCGUAAGCUCUCAAUUGAUGCUAUGGUUUCAUCUUACAAGAGGGCAAGGAGUAGGGCCAUUUUGUUGGACUAUGAUGGUACGGUGAUGCCACAGAAUUCCAUUAAUAAGAGUCCAAGCAAUGAGGUUAUCUCUCUUUUGGACACGCUUUGUGCAGACCCCAGAAAUGUAGUUUUCAUUGUUAGCGGAAGGGGGAGGAAUAGCUUAAGUGAUUGGUUCUUACCCUGCAAAAAUCUGGGAAUUGCCGCAGAACAUGGUUACUUUUUGAGAUGGUCGCAAAGUGCACAAUGGGAAAUUUGUGGUAAGAACAUGGACUUUGGAUGGAUGCAGAUUGCUGAACCCGUGAUGAAACUCUACACAGAGGCAACUGAUGGGUCCAACAUUGAAACAAAGGAAAGUGCUUUGGUCUGGCAAUACCGGGACGCAGAUCUUGGUUUCGGAUCUUCUCAAGCUAAGGAAAUGUUGGAUCAUCUAGAAAGUGUUUUAGCCAAUGAGCCCGUUGCCGUGAAGAGUGGCCAGUUCAUUGUUGAAGUAAAACCCCAGGAUGUGAGCAAAGGCUUAGUUGCCGAAAGGAUAUUUUCAUCAAUGGCAGAGAAUGGCAAACAGGCUGAUUUUGUGUUGUGUGUUGGUGAUGAUAGAUCAGAUGAAGACAUGUUUGAAAUAAUCAGUAGUUCAAUCUCAAGAAAUAUUCUUUCAGCCAAUUCUUCUGUAUUUGCCUGCACAGUUGGACAAAAACCAAGCAAAGCUAAGUAUUAUCUGGAUGAUACUACUGAAGUAAUAAGCAUGCUUGAAUCUUUGGCAGAAGAAUCAGAUUCUUCACCCGACUUAGAAGAAAUUGGAGAUUCUUUUCAAAGGCAAGUGAGAUUAUCAUGAGGUUUCUCCUGACUUUUUAGAUAAAAUGAUUUGUUUAAUUGGGUGUAAUAUUCGUGGGUGAGCUAUCAUUUGGGGCGUUGGGCUGAGAAUGCUUUCAUAAUUUUUUUUUCUUUUCCUUUUUUUUCCCCAAUCUAUUUCUUUUUUUAUUAUUAUUUUUAAUUUCUUCAAUUAUAUAUUACAUAUAUUUUUGGGAUAAUCCCGUCAUUGGUUUUCUGUUCUUGUCAUUGAUAACUCUAGUUGGAAGAGUAGGGAAAGAUGUUAUACUGGCAUUCUGUAACAAAGGAAGCAAAAAGUGGAAGCUCUUAUUUGCCUUCCCAACAUUUCCAAAUAUAUUUAGACAGUUGAUUCA